AUGAAAGAGAUUUUGGCGAAGUCAGAUAAGUUGAGUAUUGAGAUUAAGAAUUCUGGUUACCUCCCGAUGACUAAAUCUGUGCUGCAAGAUGUGGAGGAACAAGACAAAGAGCAGAUAUUGUGUGGUCACAGUGAGAAACUGGCAGUAAUAUUAGGACUAAUCCACACGAAUCCCGGACAAUCUCUUCAUGUGAUCAAGAACCUGAGAAUUUGUGAUGACUGUCAUGCUGUUAUCAAAAUUAUAAGCAGAAUAGAAGACAGAGAAAUUUUUGUAAGAGACACAAAUCGUUUUCACCAUUUCAAAGACGCCGAUUGCUCUUGUGGAGAUUUCUGGUAA